CGGAGCGGCGAUCAGCCGCUGGGCGGCGGGCCCUCCCUGGCCAUGGCGGGCGAGCUGGAGGGCUCUAAGUCCCUGAGCGGGCUGCUGAGCGGCCUGGCGCAGGACGCUUUCCACGGACACCCCGGUAUCACCGAGGAGCUGCUGCACAGCCAACUCUACCCGGAAGUGCCCCUGGAGGAGUUCCGCCCCUUCCUGGCGAAGAUGAGGGGGAUUCUUAAGUCAAUUGCAUCUGCAGACAUGGAUUUCAACCAGUUAGAAGCAUUCUUGACUGCUCAGACCAAAAAACAAGGUGGCAUCACCUGUGAACAAGCUGCAGUCAUUUCCAAGUUUUGGAAGAGCCAUAAGACAAGAAUCCGAGAGAGCCUUGUGAACCAGAGCCGCUGGGACAAUGGACUGCGGGGCCUGAGCUGGAGAGUUGACGGCAAGUCUCAGUCAAGGCACUCGGCUCAAAUAGACACCCCUGUUGCUAUUAUAGAGCUAGAAUUUGGGAAAAGUGGACAGGACACUGUGGAUUUGCCUUGCGUGGUAAAACACCCUGAGUCUGGUUCACUGCACGGGGACCUGGGCCUCUGGAGCUUGUUCAUGCCAGGAAUCUGAAUUUCUGUGUCUGGAGUUUGAUGAGGUUAAGGUCAAGCAAACCCUGAAGAGGCUGUCAGAGGUGGAAGAGAGUAUCAGCACACUGAUGCAAGCAGCCUGACUGAGGUGUUGAAAUGAAGGUGUUCGUGAACCUCACCCCUGACCCUAAAACUCCUGUUUCUCCAUCGGUGUUACCAAAAGACAUUGCACACAUGUGUGAAAGCCUCAAAGAAUAAAUAAAAAAUAUAUUUUAAAAGGUGACUAAAAAAAAAAAGAAAAAGGCUCCAAUUCAAAU